AUGUCGAUAAUAAGAGAUUCUCCGGACCUGAACCCCAACCCUCGUUCAAGUGAUUCAAUACCAACCCCUUCCAUACAAAAUCUGCAAUUUCCAAUAUCCGCAGAAGAAGAAAAGGACAUCAUGCCGAGAUCUGUUUAUAGGGUCCUCUGCCGGAAAAAUCUACAACAAAAACCCGAUUCGAAAACGGGCAGUAGUAUUAAAGAGAGAGGUUAUGAUUUCAGCAGUUCCACAAAUUCCGAUUAUCGAAAUGCCAUUUUCUCAGUAGCCAAGAAAAAAUGUCACGGCAAAACUUCUUCCAAAGAAAUUUCAAGCAAAACCGGACUUAGCUCCGAUACCUCUAAGGAUCCUACUCCCGAUACCAAAACCCCGGAACGCUUAGAAACCUCAGAAAAACUGCUAGACUCCCAUCACGAAGUAUCCAACAAACCAAAACACCUCAAUGGCCCUGAAUGGCGUCGGCCCUGCAGCGCAAGUUUUGUUCCAGGCAUACCCCGCAAAUUCCUCGGAACCUGCCCGCCAAAUAUUGAACAAAUCGCCAGAAUGUCAAAGACGCGACAGAAAUUCUUUCUUACCCAGGAUCCGCGUAAGACCCAUUGUUUAGUUAAUCCAGAAAUAUUCGAUUCGAAGGCCUAUUCGAAAGAGAAGGAAUUCCGAACAUUGACAAAUAUGGUGAAAUAUGGACAAAAUACAUGUUCGCCAGGGGUGGUGGAGAGAACUUCGGAGGCCUCCGGAGAAUCGCAUAUUUGUGAAGUUAUUGAUUUGGAAAAUCCAUUGGGGCUGGAUUUUCAGGGUUUGGACUAUAAGAAUACCUAUCAGCAGGAUGAACAGGAUUUACAAAAUCAAAGAAAUUAUCGAAGGUUGGAGAGGUACAUGGAAAGGAGGAGGGUAAAGGCGCAGACGAAAAUCGAUGUUGAUGAGGAAAUGCAUCAGGAAAGGUUGAGGGUCCCUGUGAGCUUCAAUGUCCGAGAUCGUGAUCCUCCCCACCGACCAACUCCUCCACCGCAACCAAUUAAAUUGGGAAAGGUCUGUCGCUCAGAGGAAAAGCCUAUAAAUCGCCAGAAUAUUGACCUGGAAAAGCAGAGACGUGGAGAUCGUUAUCGAGACCUCUAUUUGCGAAAAAGAGAUUACGAAAACCAGCAAAGGGAAGAGGUCCAACAAAAAGAGCAGAACUGUAAAGAAAAUAUCGGAUUGAUUACGGCCCAGAAACAAUUUCAAAAUAUCUCCAAAAAAGCUCAGGAGUUGGCCAAGAGGGCCUUGAAACAAGAAGAAGAAUUGAAGACCAAAAACGAGGCACCAAAGAUAGAAUCUCCACCCAAAGUUGAGUGCCCAAAAGAGACCUUAGAAAUAAAAGAUGCUACUCUAAAAGUUGGCAGGGUGCGAAGUAAAUGUAUGCUAAGAGGCCAGAUACCUGAUGAGGUGCCCAAAAAAUCCAAACCUGAAAAUGCCGCUAAGCCCUGCCUUAGCCGUGACCAAUGGCUUCGCCAACUGGCGCCCAAGCGAGAAAAACUAAAAUUAGAUGUUGAAAUCGGUCUCCGGAAGUCCUUCAAACCCGAUGAUCCCAAUCUCAUACUUUUCCAACCCAGAUUUGGCCACAGACCACCCAAGGCAGACAUUUCAGCGGUUCGGGAGUUUCGUCUUAAACCACUUGGGCGCCAUUAUGACAGGGUUUUACGCAAACCCAUGAAAUUUCUGAAGCCUAGGCUUCGUUAUUCGGUGAAAAAAUUCAAUUUGGUGGGUUAUCGUUAUGGCCACCUGGGGAAACAUUUGGAUUCACUCCUCCCCCAAAAACCUGGGGGAAAAUUCCCCCUGCAACCAAUUGAUGAAUUUAUUGCAGGGAAGGAAAGGGAGAAGCAGCAUCGAUUGGAGGAAUUGAAAUUAAAACGCCUCAAAUUAUUGGGUAUAACCUGUGGAACGCUGAGGAGGGGGGUAGGGCAAAGGAAAUCGCAAUAUUCCUCCUCAAGUUCGGAGAGGGAAUGGGUACCUGAAAAACUGCAGCAGAGUGAAGAUUUGGAAGUUCCCCUUGAAGAGAAGAUUUUGAGGGGUCUUAACGAGAGAACCAAUAUGCCGGCCCCGAAAUUUCGAGAACCCACCUUGCGUCAACAUCCCAGGCGUCCACGAGACUACGACGGACAAAGGGUACCUUCCUUAAUUUUUGAUGAAAUUGUCAAGACCACCACCUUGCCCUAUUUAUAUAAGUUACCUGAGGACAGGGUGAACCCGGCAAAUACCGCGACACUUCCUCGAAGACCCUUUACGGAAUUCCUGGAGUCCCGACAUCACCACGCGCACUGGAAUCCCACCGAAAAUAAAUAUGUCGAUGUCCAUUAUCAACCGGAUAUUGUGCGUCCCGUAACCAUAGAAAUGAAGAAGAGUUCGCAGGAUCGAAAAUUUGUUAAAGAAGAAAAAUUCGUGGCAGCUGAACCCCCUUGUGGCAAAAAUGUGGAUAAAAAUCUAACCUUGCCGGAGUGGAAUAUUGAGGAGCUAAUGGAGGAUUAUAAGAAAAUCCAAGGGAAGAAAAUGGGUGCUAAGGAGGCUCAAAGUCAGGGUGGUGUUAAAAAUCUUUGCCAGCCAAGGGAUUUUAUUUUCCACUCCCGGGAUCCCAGGGAAUUUGAGGGUUUAAUAUAUCCCGGAAGAGAGGAAUAUUUGAAAUUUCUAAGGGAAAUAAAACAGGCUAUGCGGGACGGUAAUGUGGCAGAGAAAGAAUCGGAAAUACCUGAAGAUCUUGAGCAGGACCUCAAAAGCAUUGAGAGCUGUUUAUCCUCCCUCAGCAGCUCCCAGUGUACCAAUCUCACGAACGAUAGUGGCAGCUAUUUGCUGAUGGAGGGUGAGGAGAAAAUACCCUUGGAUUUUAUACGCAAGUCUCUGGUACCCUUCGAGGAGCUGCAGAGGUCUCGUUUCCAGGCCGAAGCCAUCGAUGUUGAAAGGGAGGAAAAUAAUCCCUUCCGUGUGCUACCCUUUGCAGGUCAAAAGAAGGCUCAAAGGGAAUUGACAAGGCCGCGGGAUAAAUUUUUCACCUUUACUUCGCGGCUGAAAAAUGGCCUACGCCUAAGGCUCCAGGUAUCCCCCAAACGAAAGGAGGAACUAAUGGUUGGCAAAGCUACACGGAAAUAUCCACCCCGCGUUGCCAACGACAUUGAUGAGAAUUACAUAAAAGUGCUGGAAAAUCGUCCCGCCAUUCGGAUGUUCAAUUAUAAAUCCUCUCGUUUUCUGAUCAAGGAUGCCCUGCGUUUGAAAUUCGAGUCAAUGGUGGUGCAGGGUGAAAUGGUGCGCACCAAAAUCUAUGAUCGCAUGAAUUGGCAACACUGGUCCGCAAUGCAACAGCUGCGAAUGUUGUACGAUAAAUUGUUCGAUAAAUGGGAGAAGUUGGAAUAUGACAACAGCAUGGCAGUGGUGUAUCAGGUCAAGGCAUUCUAUGAUGAAACGGAUCGUUUGAAAACGGAAUUAAAAAAUCAAGAAAAAGAGCUGACGGGGCUGAAUAUGGACAUUGUCUUUACGGAGGCCCAUUGGGUCCGCUGCAUUAUGCUGCAAAAUUUCCAUUAUCUAUUAGGUGAUCAUGAGUGGAGGGUGCAGCAUGAUUGGAUUCACCGGCUACCCUUGGAGGAAGAAGUAGCUAACACCUCCUCCUCCGAGGAACUUCAGGACCCCCUAUACGCCCUGGAAAACUAUGAAGCCUCCAUAAUGAAAAGAUCCCGGGUGAAUAUACGCCAGCGGGACAAAGAUGAUGCCUGGGCCAUAAAGUCCUACUACGAAGAGGUGUAUCUUCCCAAUAAACACCCGAACCUCAUUGUUUUCCCCACUGCUGAAAGCUUCCUCCUCGGCCUGGAUCAGCUAAAGGCCAAAACAUUUCUCCUCCUAUUGGAAAUGCAUUUCACCUUGGCCCUGCAUACAGAGCUACAAAAUAAAUUAGAGACCUUUGUGGAAUGGUGUCGCGAGGAUUUGUCGGAAAAGCGGGAAUAUGUCGAACGGAAAUGUUCGAAAUUAUAUUUUAUGCAGGAUCGUGCGGCAUGGUUGAGAAGUCGUGCCUUGAUUUCUUUGAAUCUGCCAAUAGAGGAGUCCUAUAAUGAUGUGAGCUUCCUGAGGGAUUAUGGACUGAUCUGUGAGGCUUGGCGUCACAUUGUACCCUCUAAUGUGAGGGGGUCCAACGAGCACAUGGAGGCGGUGGAAAUGGUGGCCAUGAUGUCGGAUGUCGUGAUGGAAUUGAUAGCCAAAUUCGAAACCAUACCCAUGGCAGAAAGUUCCGCCACCGAACAACGCCUGCGUCGCCGCCGCAACUAUUUACUUAAGCAAUCGCAGAAUGCCUGUCACAUUGAACGGCGUAUCGAACAAGAAAUGCAAAAGGUUAGGAAAAAUCUUGAACCACCACCGCCAAGGCGAUCCAAACAUCCCAGCAAGUUACCCCGUCUCUACCUCAAAAAACGCCAACGAACCGUACAAAUUCGUGAAACAAAAAUUACCGAACGAGCGAAAUUUUUCUUUAAAGCCUUCCAUGACGAUGAUGCGGAUAUUUUCCACACGAAAACUGAGAUACGUGAUAGCAUCGCUCAGGUCGAUGCGAUACAGGAACAAAUUGUACCCUUCUAUUUUGAUCAUUUUUUGAAAAUGAAUGGCUAUACACCGAAUUAUAAUUUCAAGACACAAAUUGAAAUGCGUGAUGGUUCGGAAUGGGAUCGAUUGAAGGUGCGAGCGGUUAUACCGGAGAUUCAAGAACGAUUGAUGCAAUGGGAAAAUAUGAAGAGGAAGAUAAUGGAGGAUCAUAUCGCUCAGAAUCCGAAAAUGUAUGUGGAUGUGGUGUGA